AUAGCGCACUUGAAAAGAACAGAAUUUCGUCAGCGCUCUUAGGAAAUAGUCUAUGCUUAACCUAACUUAACCAAAAUUAACAGUCAAGCAGAACAAAGCAAUACACGUGGAUAAUAGUUCACUUGUGCGUCAAAAGCUGCAUUAUAAUAGCUAUAAUAUUAUAAUUUUAAUAAUAAUUACAACAAAGUUUCAUAAAAAUAAGAGGUUUUCAUAGUAAACGCGACUAAUUCGAUGACAUACAAUAGUAAAUAGAAACGUGAACGUUGACAAACUAUAAAUUCGUGUUUGAUAGCGACUUACGAUGGUUGAAAAUUUGGAGAAUAUUAAUCCGAAGCUCUAUAAAAAGUUGGAUGAGAGAGAAAUUACAACCGAAGAGAAAGAUGAAAAUAUCGUGGACGAAUUCGAUGCUAGAGAGGUUUUUGAUUUAAUUAGGAAUAUCAAUGAUCCAGAACAUCCACUAACUCUGGAGGAAUUAAAUGUAGUGGAGCAGAGUCUUAUCAAGGUUGACAAUAAGAAGAAUACAGUAGAUGUGAAAUUCACACCCACCAUUCCUCACUGCAGUAUGGCUACUUUAAUAGGGCUGUCCAUUCGUGUACAAUUGCUGCGUACCUUACCUGCUAGGUUUAAAGUAACCGUGGAAAUUUCUCCUGGAACUCAUGUCUCAGAAGCAUCAUUGAACAAGCAGCUUGCUGACAAGGAAAGAGUGGCUGCGGCUAUAGAGAAUUCCAUGCUGCUUGGACUACUCAACCAGUGUUUGAUGCCAAAAAACUAGUGCACUGUAAAAUAAUUGUGGAACUACCAGUUGUGAAAUAACACAUGUGUACAUAAUAUAUAGUAUAUAUAUGUUGUGUAUAUACAUUGUGAGAUAGAUCUUAUUGUUUGAACGAAGAACAGUAGAUAGAAAACCAUAUCGUGCAAUUUUGUGAUGCUGGUAGAAUAGUAAUUAUUUAUAAUGCUUAAAUCUAAUAUUUAAUGUU